GUGACGCUCUACUUGCAGGGAAGAACCUCUAUGGUUGCUAAAAGUGGCCGUUCUGCCUUCCUCUCCGUGGUUGGUGGGGCGUUCGGCUGACAACCCGGGGCUUAGGAGGGGGCGAUGGAACGGGAAGGAGCGCUUGGUCCAGCAACGCGUAAGCGUUGUUCCAUUUGAAGUUUAUUUUCCACUGCUUAUUUAGUUAGAACCUUAUGAGUUCGAAAGCCAGAAGAAAUUUGUCAGAAUGCAACAUCAUACAACAUCUUUCUGUAAUUUGAGUUUCCUGCUUUCCUGCACUGUGGUAGGACUCCAUCAAGAAAAGUAUCCAGAGAGAAGCUUCUAAUCUAUGAAGGGCCAUGGGCUUUUGGUCUGCUAGCUGUCACCUCUCCUACAAACUCAAGCUAUUGAUGCUCAUUACCCUCUGCGUCUUAUUGAUAGGCUGGGCUACUUCCACUUACCUGGUGGAUAUUUUACAUGAAACUCCAGCAGCAAAAGGGAUGAUUGAAAGUUUCAGGAAGCCAACUACUAUUAAGGAGGAACAAAUGGAGAAUUCAAAGAGGAAGGCCAGGCUUAUCAAGAAACUACCCACAGCAAUACCCCCCUGUCCUUCUUUGUCUCCCUAUCUGCGAGGCCCCAGCAAGCUCAUUUUCAGAGCAUCUCUCACUCUGGAAGAACUGCAAAAAGAGAAUCCUUCGGUAGCCAAAGGGCGCCAUAGGCCAAAAGAUUGCACAGCUCAGCAACGGGUGGCUAUAUUGAUUCCACACCGCAAUCGAGAGAAGCAUCUGCUGUACCUGUUGGAGAAUCUUCAUCCAUUCUUGCAGAGACAGCAGCUGGAUUAUGGCCUUUAUGUCAUCCACCAGGCUGGCAAUGCCAAGUUUAACAGAGCAAAACUUCUAAAUGUUGGAUACCUGGAGGCCCUGAAGGAAGAGAACUGGGAUUGUUUUAUUUUCCAUGAUGUGGACUUGCUGCCAGAGAACGACUUCAACAUUUAUGUAUGCGGCAGUCAGCCAAAACACUUGGUAGUGGGGAGAAACAGCACAGGUUACAGGUUGCGUUACCAAGGAUACUUUGGCGGUGUAACUGCUCUGACAAGGGAGCAAUUUCUGAAGGUGAAUGGAUUUUCAAACAACUACUGGGGCUGGGGAGGAGAGGACGAUGACCUCCGAAUCAGGGUUGAAAUGCAGAAAAUGAAGAUAAUCCGACCUUCCCCCAGUAUAGCCAAGUACACUAUGAUCUUUCAUACCAGAGACCAAGGCAAUGAGGCAAAUGGCCAGAGAAUGAAUCUCUUGCGUCAGGUGUCUCAAGUAUGGAAGACCGAUGGGCUAAAUUCGUGCUCCUAUAAACUGCUUUCAAAAGAAUACAAUCUUUUAUAUACAAAUAUUACAGUGGAUUUUGGAAGGCAAACUUAAGUUUUCAUAACCAUUUCUUAUGGCUAAUAAAUUUUAUUCAAAUGGACAAAAAAAAAUAAUGACUUGAGCUACAGCAGUGAAAUAUUUCAUUUUCUGUUGGUGGAUACUCAAGUUCUUUACACAUGGAAUGUUUUUAAAACUGAUUUGUUAGUUACUUUUGAGCUAUAAGACAACAUUGAAAUUAAAGACUUUCUUUGGAUAAAAGUAAUCCUUUGUAAAGAAUUCUACUGAGCAUUUUUUUGAAAUGAAGAGAUAUAAGAACAAUUCAAGUUAAUUUUUCAAUGAAGCAAGACUUUUUUUCAAUCCAACUUUUUAAAAUGUCUUUUUUUCAGUUGAACUGCUCAUCAUAUUCUAAACAGGAGUGAUACAUAAUUUUUUUCUUAAACAAGGAAAAAAUAAAACUCUGAAUAAAGUUUAACAUCUGUUGA